AUAUGUGUUUGGUUGAGAUUUAUGUAAGAUGAAUAAAAAAAAGUCAAAUACAAUCCUAACAGCAAGCAAGCCUUGCUUGCCUAAUCCAAAAAAAAACUAACUAUUACCCAAAUGUAUAAUCUAUCCAAACCCUUCACAUUUAGAAGAUCAUACACUCCUUGGACCACAUCAAAGAAAUUCAAUCACGUUAGACUUUUUUGUCCUUGUCCUUACUUUGAUGUUAUUAGAUUUGCAUAAUUACAACCGUGUAUAGAAAAUGUAAUCUCUCCAUUCCAAAGUUAGUUUGCCAUAACGCUAUACGUAAUGAACAAAAUAUCCUUUGAUCAAUUAAAAUUAACUUGAAUAGCUUAUUCUACUCUCAUUUCUACCCACUCUUACUUGCAAUCACUACCACUUAAGCCACCACCACCACUUAAGCCACCACCACCACUAACAAGGAGUACCAUCACCUUCUAACACCUAAGCCACCAACACUUAAAUCACCAUCCCCUCAUCAACACUUUCUACAAACCUAAUAUCUAAUGCAAUCUAACUUUUUGGUUGUUGGAUAUUAGUUUGCUACCAAUGAGGUGACAAUGGACCACAUAUAUCUCGGAGGCUUUGGGUGAGAAAGAAGAAUUUUGUCGUCGGCCAGGAGAUAAUUUUUUUUUCGUCGCCAAAAGGAAUGGUCCCACUGAUUUUUAUAUUUACAUAUGGGUCCAUUUAUUUUCAUACUAACUCUGUAUUUUUUAAAUGCAUCAUUUGGAUUUCUACACAAUUUAUAUAUUACUUUUUAUUUAAUUUGAUAUCUAGAUGUUUUGGUUGGAUGAGUUGAUUAACUUUUUUUAAGAUGGGAAGGGAUAUGAUUUUGGCAAGAUAAAAAUACAAAUAAAUAAUGAAACUACAACCAAAAUAGUAACUUAGAGUUCUUCAAACAAUAUAUAAAUAAAACUAUAAAAGUUGUUGACAUAUUCGUUUCUAGAAACUGAUUGCUCCAUUAUGAUUUUUAAAAUCUUAAAGAUAUCCUUACUAACACGAUUGUCACGUACACCUUCAAGCUCCUAAACUUCUGCUUUGCAUUCCUACUAUAAAUUGAAGCUACAAGUUAAAGCUUCAUAUUGCUCCAAGUGAAACAGAACACUAGAAGAAAUGUCUAAUAUUCUUCAGUUCUUAGAGAAUAUUUGUUUCCAUCCCCUCUCCCUAACGUUCAUACUCUUCUUGAUCUUCCUUUACAAAUGGCUAAAUAAUAAUCCUAUGCAAAGCAGAAAUCAGCCACCCUCCCCGAGAAAGUUGCCCAUCUUAGGCAACCUUCACCAACUUGGCAAAUUCCCACAUCGUUCAUUGUACUCUUUGUCCAAGAAAUAUGGAGAAGUGAUGUUGAUUCACCUAGGUAGCACACCUUCCUUUGUUGUCUCAUCUGCAAGCGCAGCUUGCGAGAUCUUGAAGACCCAUGAUGCCAUCUUCUCUAAUAGACCUAAAUCACGCAUCACUAGCAAGAUAAUCUAUGAUGGCAAAGACAUAGUCUUUUCACCUUAUGGGGAAUAUUGGAGACGGAUAAGGAGCAUCUGUGUCCUACAGAUGCUCAGUAACAAAAAGGUUAUAUCCUUCCGAAGAGUAAGAGAAGAAGAAGUCACUCUGGUGAUUGAAACGAUCAAGAGAUCAGAACAAUCACCAGUAAACUUAAGUGAGAUUUUUAUAGCAUACACAAGUAGUGUGUUGUGUAGGACAGCCUAUGGAAAGAAGUAUGCUGGAGAAGUGGGAACCAAUUUUAAGCUUCUUUUAAAGGAGUUUGUAGAGGUCAUGGCAGUUUUCAGUAUGGGAGAUUUCAUACCCUGGCUUGGCUGGAUUGAUCAACUCACUGGUUUGAAUAAUCGGGUGGACAAAGUCGCGAAAGAGUUUGAUAAAUUUCUUCAACAUGUAGUCCAAGAGCAUCUAGAUCGCAAGGUUGAAAAGGAUGAAAGUGAACAAGAUUUUGUGGACAUUUUGCUGGAUGUUCAGAAGGAAAACACAGCUGCUCUUUCCAUGGACAACAUCAAAGCCAUUGUACUGGAUAUGUUUGCUGCUGGGUCCGACACCUCAUACACACUACUGGAGUGGGCAAUGACAGAGCUGCUGAGACAUCCCCAAGUCAUGAAAAAACUGCAAGAUGAGGUAAGGGGAGUUGUUAGAGAAAAAACAAUGGUAUCUGAAGAUGAUUUAGAAAAUAUGAAGUACUUGAAAGCAGUGAUCAAGGAAGUAUUUCGCCUACAUCCUCCACUCCCAUUGCUGCUGUUUCGGUAUCCCUCCCAGGAUGCCAAAAUAAAUGGGUAUGACAUUGCUGCGGGGACACAAGUAAUCAUCAAUGCAUGGGCAAUACAGAGAGACCCAAAUUAUUGGGCAGAGCCUGAGCAGUUCCGUCCAGAGAGGUUCCUGAACUCUACAGUAGACUUCAAGGGACAGGAUUUCCAGUUGAUUCCCUUUGGAGCUGGCAGAAGAGGUUGCCCAGGGAUACCCUUUGCUUCAUUCAAAAUUGAGCUCAUGCUAGCAAAUCUUCUCUACUCAUUUGAUUGGAAAUCAGCCAAUGGAGCAGAAGAUGAGGCUCCUGAAGUACCUGAAAAUCCAGGCAUAACAAUCAAUAGACGGGAUCCUCUUAUGGCCAUUGCAACUUUAUAUUCUUGCAGCUGAGAACAUGCUGCACAUAUUAACAAAAGAAUUGAUAUUUGAAUCACAGAUGCUCAAGGCAGUAGACCAACAGUAUCAAUUAUCCAACAAUAACAAUUCCAUGUCCGAGUUUAUUUAUGUCCUACUCGUAUUUAUUUUAAUCCUGUUCAUGAUUAUGUUUUUAGUAUAAAGUUUCUGAUGUCCCUAAUUAAGCUAUGAUGAAGCCUCUUCAAAGGCAUUAGGGUAAUAAUUAUGUUGGUGUCGUAUUUUAAAAAAUAAAAAUAAAUGACUUCACCCAGUCAAUUCCUUAGCUGA